GGAUCGACGAUGGGAUUGGACCGUGUUCCCGAGUUCACAGCCCUGGAUUACGUCGUUUUCGGUCUUUCUCUCCUGGCUGCAUUAGGAGUGGGAUUGUAUUUUGGCUACACUGGUAGGAAGGAAUCUCACAAAUCCUUGAUCGUGAGCGAUGGCAUACACAUGAUCCCGGUCGUCCUAUCCUUGAUUGCCAGCUACCUCUCAGCCAUUCUUCUCCUCGGAACCCCAGCGGAAGUGUAUGCCUACGGGAGCCAAUGGUUUCUGACAGGGAUUGGGGCGAUGCUCGGGACCCUUACAGCAUGCGUCAUCUUCGUUCCCUUCUUCUACCGUCUCCGCAUUACCAGCAUCUUUCAGUAUUUCGAGAUGAGGUACAGAUCCAGAGUGGUGAGGCUGACCAGCAGUAGCAUAUAUUUAAUACAGCAAGUUUUGUACAUGACAGUCGCCUUGUACGCCCCGGUAGUGGCGGUUUCCUCUGUCACCCCUUUCCCGGAAUGGCUCGCAAUCAUCGUUGCUGGCGGCAUCUGUACCGUCUACACAGCCUUCAGCCUCACACCCCGCUGUGUUGUACAGGGUGGCCUGAAGGCUGCGGUGUGGACGGAUGCCUUGCAAGUCUUCCUCAUGUUCGGAGGCGUGCUCCUCAUCGUCAUUCACGGGACGAUAGAGGUCGGGGGAAUCGAGGAAGUCUGGGCUAGAGCCUCUUCACACGGACGAGGACAGGUUUUCAACAUUAUGUCCUCUCCGUCCAAAACUUUGUCGAACAACGUUGCAUGGAAACCUUUCCCUCCGUCUGUUCCUAUGCGUAGCUUCUCGUUCGACGUGUACGAGAGGCACACGUUCUGGAAAUUGAUUUCCUUCAUGUGGCUGGGUUGGAUGCUGGUCCAUGGAUGCAAUCAGCCAUCUCUUCAACGAUAUUCCUGCAUGAAGAACGAGAGGAGAGCUGUCGUGAGCGUGUUGUGCAAUAUUCCCGGGUCCAUUUCCCUCAUGUUGUUGGCGGCAUUUUCGGGACUGGUCGUAUUCGCUGUCUACGUAGACUGUGAUCCCUUGAAGGCUGGAUACAUCAAGAAGCAAGAUCAGAUCAUCCCAUAUUACGUCAUGGAUAAGCUCAGUCAUCUGAAUGGUUUACCAGGAAUCUUUCUCGCUGCUCUCUUCAGUGGAGCUCUCAGCACGUUAUCAUCCGGUUUGAAUUCCCUAGCUGCUGUGACUUGGACAGAUGGAGUGAUGUUCACUUCAUGGCAUCCAAAUCUCACCGACAAACAGUCCAUCACUAUCAUCAAAGUCAUCGGUAAAUCAUCACAUUGA